AUUCCCCAGCCAGCUUGGGGAAUUCUGGGAGUUGAAGUCCAUCCAGCUUAAAAGCUGCCAAGUUGAGAAACACUGAUGUAGAGUCUGCCCCAACGAGUAGCAGCUCUUCAUAAUCCUCUGUCUAGUACUGUGCCAGCCAGCUUUACUCAAUUGUGGUUGGUCAAAGUAUUGUUUUGAAAGAGAUGUAAAUAUGGAAAGAUUAACUAGAUCUCCCAGGGAUAAACGGUCAUGACUAAUGGAUAUUGACUCAGGAAGCAUGUUCUGCUAUCUUACCGAUCGGAAACAUCUCUGCGGUGAUCUCCAAGCCUUGUAUGGAAGUGCACUUCCUUUCUGGUAUGGGAUCCACUUCAUUGGAUCACCUGCCAAGGGGUCUCCUUUCCAGAGAGUUCAGAGGGAUCACGACGCUAAUCACUUUUCAUACCAUCCUUGCAAACGUUUUCCGGUUUCUGGAGUUAUUUUGAUGUUCAAGAAAAUUGUAAAACUUGUGUCCCAUGAUGGUUUUUGGGAUGAUUAGAGGUUUGCAAGAAUAGGGAAGCAAAAUCAAGGGGACAGAGCAGAGGCCUUGAAAAAUACGAACGUAGCGUCCUACUGGUUCUAGAUUCCUGAAAGGAUGAUUACCAACAGAAGUGAAUAUUAGUAGCUCAAGGUUGAACGGUGGGAUCCCUGGUGCUCUCUGAACCUGGUUAUAGUUUCUUGCAGAUGUCUCAUUGCCUAAACAGGUAAGACCAAUCAGUGCUAAGAAUCAGCGCUAGCACUCAUGACGUCACCUAGCUGGGUAACUAAAUUUAGUCUGCAGGAAAAUUUAUUUUAUUUAUUUAUUUAUUUAUUAAAUUUAUAUACCGCCCUAUUCCUAAGGGACUCAGGGCAGUGAGCAGCGAACGAUAAAAAUACAUGUAAUACAAACGUUAAUUUAAAAAAAACCAAUUAAAAUAUACUAAACACUCUGGUCCUAGAUAAUUCAAGACAUCCCAGUUUAAAAUAAAAUCAAAAAAGCAAUAUAAAGGGAAAGUUAGGCCAGGCCGGCCUGCUGAAACAGGAAUGUUUUGACGGCACGGCGGAAAGUGCACAGAUCCGGAAUCUUCUGUAUCUCUGGGGGGAGCUCGUUCCAGAUGGUGGGUGCCCUCACAGAAAAGGCUCUCCCCCUGGGAGCCGCCAGUCGACAUUGUUUGGCUGACAGCACCCUGAGAAGCCCCUCUCUAUGGGAGCGUACUGGGCGGUGAGAGGCUAUUGGUGGCAGAAGGCGGUCUCGUAAGUACCCCGGUCCUAAGCCAUGGAGCGCUCUAAAGGUGGUAACUAAGACCUUGAAGCGCACCCAGAAGACCACAGGGAGCCAGUACAGCUCGCGCAGGAGGGGAGCCACAUGGGAGCGCCAUGCUGCUCCCAUAACUACCCGCGCAGCCGCAUUCUGGACCAGCUGGAGCCUCCGGGUGGUCCUCAAGGGGAGCCCCAUGUAGAGAGCAUUACAGUAGUCCAGGCGUGAAGUGACGAGGGCAUGAGUGACCGUUUUUAACAACCAACUUUGAGAGCACCAAGGACCCCACAGUUCAACCUAACCUGUAAACAUUUUCUUCCGUCGGUUCUUCUCGCGAUGCUGAUUUCCGAAGUACAACAUAUUGGAAAUCGGAAUAACAGGCCCAGUAGACCCGUUUUUCACUCUCCCCAGGCUCCAGGGCCUUUCUAGGAGCCUGGGGAGGGCGAAAAUGGCCAUCUCCACACACACAACCCGGAGAUCCUCCGGAGGCUGGAAAUGGUCUGUUUGCCAACUGGUGGGCCCAGAAGGCCCGAAAAUCAGUGUGCUGGAGCUGAGCUCGCGUGCCCACAGAUAUGGCUCUGCGUGCCACCUGUGGCACGCGUGCCAUAGGUUCGCCAUCACGGCCCUAUACCAUUUCAGACAAAUCCACUGUGUCUCCACAUUUUCAUGGUUCCAAUAUUUUUAAUGCAUUUAGUUUUAUACUUUUGUGGGUUUUAUGAUGUUUUUACUUUGGAUUGGGAGCUGGACAGAGUUGGUUGCAAGAUAGAGGCUAUAUCAAAGUUUUAGGUAAAUAAACUCAAUAUUAAUAAAUAAAACUCAAAUAAAUAAACUCAGUUACACGCUCCAGCCUCCAUUUUGUAUUGUCGGCCGUAAUUUUCCCACCCUGGGGAAGGACACGGGGACCGCCAUGACCUGAGUAUCUAGACUUACAACCAUUUAUUGACGGAAGUUACAUUGUUGAAAUAGUGACAGCCUCUAAAGCAGUCCUCGCACUUACGACCAUCACAGCAUCCCCAUGAUCACGUGUUCAAAAUUCAGGUCCUUGGCAACCAACGUUGUGUGUUCAUCCACAACUGUUUCAGAAUCCCGGGAUCAAGUGAUCGCCACUUGUGACCUUCCCACCUACCUUCCGCCGACCAAGCCGGAUUGUGUUAAUGCCCGUGUGAUUUAAUUAAACAAUUGGCGGCGAUUUGCUGAACAGCCCGUGGUUGAAAAGAUCAUAAAAAUUGGCGGUGAUUUAUUUUAACUGCCCUGUUUUAAGCAGCGGAAAUUCUGGUCGGCAAUUGUGGUCAUAAAUCAAGGACUACAGGCACCGGAUUUCAUCCUAGUCAUUCGAUAAUUGCAGCCCCCAUUGCCGUGUGUGUUUUUGGAGGAGGAAAAGCAGGACUUUGGAGCUGCAACACACCCCUUUCCCAAAGAAAAAAAAUAAUCAGCCAGUGAGAUUCACGGACUAAAUUGAGCAGAGGGUGUUCCCGACGGUGGUGGUUUUCACACCCACUGCCGUGCCUACAUUUUCCAGCAGCUUUUUAAUCCCGGCUGCGAGAACAUCGGCAACAGCUGGGAAGUUCCUUGCAGCUCCUUCUCCCCUAAACUCCAGGCGCUCCACCCACCACCUCCGUUAAGUUGCUUGCUGGCAUCUCCAAGUUGUUGGGGGUUCAGAGAAGUGCUGCCGUCUGGAAGUCCUGAUUGCGAAGACGCCCAACGACAACUAGCAGCUACAAACAAUUUAGGAGCUACCCUUCAAUUCUCUUGAGCAUCACCAGAAGAACAUCAGUGCUAUGGCUUUCCGGUCUUUUCCCGCGGUGCCCUCCCAGCCUUGCACCACCCAACCAUGCACCACCCAGCCAUCCGCCUCCAACCCUUCGUCCUGUCGGGCCCCGUACCGGGAUUGGAAAUCCGACUUGACGGACUGCUGCGUGGACAAACAGAUUUGCAUCUGCGGUACCUUUGCUCCGUGUGUCCUGGCUUGCCAAGUGGCCACGGGCCUUGGUGAAUGCUGCUGCCUGCCGCUUCUUCCAGGAGCAAUGGUGGCCGCCCGGACAGCCUUACGAGAGCAACUCCGUAUCGAGGGGGAUGUGUGCAGAGACUGGCUGGCUACCUGCUGUUGCUGCCCCUGUGCCAUGUGCCAGAUGGCGCGCGAGAUGAAAAAUCCCUGUUAAGCCAUCUUUGAAUCCACGAAGCCUUCUUUCACAAUUAACCAGUGAAGAGAAACUUACCUGUCGGGAAGGAAUGACAACAUCGGACUGAGCAAAAAACAAAAAACGCUUAAAACAAGAGACAGCAGCAUCCACACAGGGAAUGCAGCAGGAGGCAAUAACCCUGAAGUGAAAGCAAUCCUCCCCCCAUCUUCCUGCCCCCUCUCAUUACCAA